GCCCAUCUUCACUUCUUUGACUGACUCCGGCAAUUGAGCAUCGCACGACCAGUCGAUGCAUCCUUAUCGCCUGCGUCUAUCUCUUCAACAAUCCCUCCGUCAGCUACAAUCAGUCACCUGGUGUCAUCAUUACAGCUCCGGCCGUACCUCUACGAUGAAUCCUGGAUCACUGCCCGAUGGGCCCAGCCACGAGGCAAAACAUCCCAAGAAGCUGAUCUUCGCUCCAGGAGACAUCCAGACCACCUCCGAGCCCAAAAUCACCCCCACCGAGACGCCCGAUCCAUCCGCUACAGCCAUCGGAGUCACAACAGCACCAGCGCCCAUCUCUCGUCUCGCCGCAGAAGCCCUUCGCUCGAACGCAUCGACCCCCGACUCGGUGACUGAAAAUGAGAUCGUUUCCCACCCUGCCCGCGCUCACCAGUUCGUGAGUAACCCGCCCCUCACCAUCUCCCAGAUGCACCCGACCAAUCCCCUCCACCAAUUCCACAACUGGUUCCGCGAUCCUCGUCUCCUUCCGUCAUCCGCACCUGAGACCUGCACCCUAGCUACAGCCAGCAUGCCCUCGGGCCGUGUGAGCGCCCGUGUCGUAUACCUCAAGGAACUGGACGAGCGAGGCUGGGUAGUAUACAGUAACUGGGGCAGUCGAGAAGGCAAAGGCGGACAAGUAUUCGGCAACCACGCAGACGGCGAGGACACGCUCAGCGCCAUGCCCGAGCCAGGCCAGGAUGAGUCUCUCCAGGCCGGACUACAGGAGGGCAACAAAUGGGCGGCGUUGACAUUCUGCUGGUCGAAUCUAGAGCGUCAGGUGCGCAUCGAGGGUCUUGUCGAGCCGCUCAGUCGCGACGAGAGUGAGAUGUACUGGCGUACUCGGGAACGAGGGAGCCAGAUCGGAGCAUGGGCGAGCUGGCAGAGCAAGGUGCUGUGGUCUAUGGAGCCGGAGUUGCUCUUGGAUCGUCGGCGCAAGAGCCUGGACCCGUCGUCGUGUCCGCAGAUGCAGGUCCCCGGGGAUGUGGAUGCGACGGACAUCGAUGAUGGGCGGGCGCUACUAGAGAAGCGAGUUAAGGAGAUGGAGGAACGGUUUGCGGGGGUUGAGCAGAUCCCUUUGCCUCCGUUUUGGGGAGGAAUGCGCUUGGUCCCUGAGUCCGUGGAGUUCUGGCAGGGUCGGCGCAGUCGGUUGCAUGACCGAUUCCGGUAUGUGAGGGUGCAUAAAGAGGAUGGGGAGGAGGGGGGGUAUAGAUGGCGAAUUCAGAGGUUGUCGCCGUGAGGACACAUACUAUUAUAAACUUAUACAUGAACUAGUAGUCAUUGUUCAAGCUUAAUCACAACACUUUGACAUGUA